AUGGCCACUAUUCCUGUCGCUCGACCUGCCGCCCCCGCGCCUCUUCCCAAUCCUCCGAGCACGCAAAAGACCAUCCAGUUCCUUCACCCUGGUUACCAGGCUCGAUGGAAUCGUCUAUUUUUUCUUCCCCGUGUUGACCCUACUGGUCCUGGGGCAUUGAAAGGCGUGCACCACGAGACUGCCCUAACCGCCUGCCAAAUUGUCGCUGGUAGUAUUGGUAAUGGCCAACUUUGCAUUGACAAGAGAGGAGAACGACCAGUCACCGUUGCCCAAGAGCCAAUUCUCACCCUAGACGAGUAUUAUUUUGUGCUUAACGACGAUGUCAUACAAAGUCCCGUCAGCCCCGACGGCGAUCGAUGUGCAGUUACCAACCAUAACUACGCCCUUAAGAAGGCGCAUAUCGUCCCCAAGGAGGAGCAUGAAUGGUACCAGAAAAUGGGAAUGCAGCUUUACUCCUUUCUAAACCUCGAGGGAAACAGGAUUCACUUACGAGCCGACAUACAUCGAUGUUACGACGAUCGCGAUUUUGUUAUUGUUCCAAAGAGGCUACGCAAUCCUCAAGGGGGAGGGCUUGCACGUCGAACUUUCGUGGUACACUACCUCGGACAGCAUCCCAACGCCGAGUUGGAGACCCUUUAUCACAACCUCCCUGUACAACAUAUCUGUGCCACCACGCGAGAGACACAUUUUGCUAGAUUCGCUUGGGCGAUCUUGCAAUUCGUCAAAGAUUUCAUCACUGUGGGUCAGCGUCGUGUGGUACGACGACUUGGAUCCGACGGAGUCGUCCGCGUUGAGGAAGUCUCGGGGUUGGAACUACAGCGAAGAUAUGGUGGCGGGGGUGAACACAUCGCGAGCCCCCUACAUCCCCGAAAGCGUGCGAAAGCGGAGAUGGAGGAGGAGGAGGAGGAGGAGGAUGAGGAGUAG